AUGGCACCUCAUAGUGAUCAGAGGCCGUACAAGUGCGACUUGUGUGGCAAAGGAUUCCACAGACUCGAACACAAAAGAAGACACAUCCGUACGCACACGGGAGAGAAACCGCAUGCUUGCAGCUUUCCUGGUUGCUUGAAACGGUUUAGUCGGAGCGACGAGCUCAAACGCCACUUGCGCACACAUCUCAGCACGUCGAGACGCAAGAGCAGGCGUCGCAGCGGAGCAAGCACGCCGCAACACCCAGUCGUAGUGCACCAGCUACCACCACUCACACCGGUUAUCGCAGCAACUGUCGGAAACGAACCCGUUCUGCUGCCUGCACAAACUGCUAUACCGACAUCCGUCGCAGCUCCGGUUGCUGUGCCCGUGGUGGUUCCUAUGGCUUCUCACGCGGGAGUUCCGGCACGCCCGUCGUCCGCCGCGACGACUGUCUACAUACCGGUCACGGUGCCCCAGCGCGCGGGCGCGCAGUCGCUUCCGUUCCAGCCGCAGCCUUCACUCGUGGUAUCGACGCAGUCGUCGUUGCGCUCGAGUGCCUCGUCACUCAGUUCUGUGUUCUCGCGCAGUGCGAGUGCCUUGGCUUCUCCGCAGGUGUCGCAAAUGUCGUCGCCCCCGGAUUUGUGGGGUCACAAACUGGGAGGAAUGUUGAGCGUGCUACCCCAGCCUGCCAGCGGCUCAAGCGCAGCAUUAUCGCGCAAAUGGUCUAGUUCCAGUUGCAUGUCACUGAGCUCGCUGCUGAACGACGGCAAGCACACGCCUGCACAGACGCAACUACAGUCUCCACCAGUGGUUCAAACCCCUGCGUUGACUCCUACUCACACCCCAUCUGUCACACCCGUGUUGCCGGCUCAAAAGCCUGUCUUGCGAGGCCGGCGCUCGCAACGCGCACGCUUCGAGCUGCCUGACGACGGUGACAAGGACGACAGCGACUCGAGUGUCUCAGGCGACGUGAAACUACCCCCAUUACGCAGCAUGCUCCAGGGGGUGCAAACGUAUCAGGCUGAGCCCUGA